AUGGAGCGCCGUCUUCUGGAUAGGCUUGAUGACGUGGAGAAGGAGCUUCGUCGCUCACGUGCGGGGUCGGCGUCACCCCCAGCUCCUCGCGCUGCUCCCGUCGUCCCUCUCUCCGCGCUCCUGCCUCACAAUCCAUUCGGAUCCCCGGCGCGCUCAGAUCGGCCGCUGCCUGCGGGAAUGGGCUUCGUAGGCGCUGGUGGCGGGCUGCCGUGGGCUCAGUAUGAACCGCCGCGUCCUCUUCCUGCUCCGCGUGAUCUCGCCGUGUCGUCUCACCGUGCCCGCUCGUCCGCGUUGCUUCCGCCGAUGAAGAGAAUUCCCACGGCGACCCUGGCCCGCCUAUGGUCGCUGGCGGCGUCCCUGCAGAGCCUUGAGCGGAUUCUCCAGGAGUCAUAUGACUCCAUGCCGGCCAUGGCGGAGUUGGCUGAUGACAUGGUGGGAGGCACGUGGACGGAUAGCCUAGUAGGACGAGGAGGACGAGGAGGACGAGGAGGGAGGGAUGGGGUGGUGCAAGGUGGUGCGGUGAGGGACGUGUAUGGGGACUUCAACGAGCUGACCAUGAGGAUAGUGGGGCGAGGAGGAAGAGCAGGGAGUGAUGGGGUGGUGCAGAACAGUGUGAAGCAAGAUGGUGCGGUGCAAGGUGGUGUGGUGAGGGACGUGUAUGGGGACUUCAACGAGCUGACCAUGAAAAUCGUGGUGGCGGCGCUGUUUGGCGGGGGCGGGCUGGGGGGAGCAGCGGUGGAGCAGUGGUUCCCUACUCCCGACAAUCUCCAGUACACAGCAGCAGUGCAGCGCCUGGACGGGGUGGUGUAUCGGCUGAUAGAGGAGAGGAGGAAGGAGAUGGCAGGGUGGGCUGCCACACGGGGGACUGCACAGGGAGGAGGCGAUGAGGGGAAGGACCUGCUCACAAGAUUGCUGCUGGCUCGGGAUGAAGACGGCUCGGGAAUGGACGACCAGUCAAUCAGAGACGAGCUCAUGACUCUGCUGGUUGCGGGCCAGGAGACAUCGGCCAUCCUGCUGGCGUGGGUGUGUGUGCAGCUGGCACUGCAUCCGGAGGAGCAGAGGCGGGCAGCAGGGGAGGUGCGGGAGGUGCUGGGAGGGCGGAGCCCCACUCACGCUGACGUGCCCAAGCUCAAGUACCUAGAGGCAGUGAUACAGGAGACGCUGCGGCUGAUGCCGCCUGCAUACAUUGUGGGGCGCUGUGCGUGCCGAGACACGCGCCUGGGGGAGUGGCGCGUGCCCCAAGGCACCACGGUGCUUGUCAGCCCGUACCUGCUGCACCGCGACCCACAACAGUGGCCCAGAGCUCUCACCUUUGACCCAUCGCGCUGGCUACCUGGGGGAGACGCUCUUCCCCCAGCUGACAACCCCGCCUACUGGCCGUUCGGAGGGGGUCCCAGGAACUGCAUUGGCAUGGGCUUUGCGCUGCUCGAAGCCUCCCUCGUCCUCGCCCGCAUCCUCCAGUCCUUCUCGCUCUCUCUCCCCGCGGGCUCUCCCCCUCCCGUGCCCCGCGCUAUGAUCACCCUGCGACCCGCUGGGGAGGUGAAUCUGCUCCUCACACCGCAUGCUUCCCACCCACGAAAAGGAGACGUGCCUGAGUCUGGUUCUGCUGGGACAGCAGGGGCAGCAGCAGCGGAACCUGCUGGAACAGCAGCAGCAGGAACAGCAGCAUCACCAGCACCAGUAGCAGCAGCAGCGCCAGCAGCAGCAGUAGCACCACCACCACCAACACAAGCGUCGCCAGCGGUGGCAGAAGAUGCAGCUACGAACGGUAGAGCUCGCAGCAAGGGUUUAGGUGGGAAGGCAGAAACGACUGCUGCAUCAAAUUAA